GCCUCCUCAAAACCACUUUCAUGGGUUUUAACUUUCUGCUUCUGGUUUCAAACAAAACCCUUUGGAUUUCGAACUUCCGUUGGAUACAAGUAAGUUUCAUUGCCGCUUCAAGAUUUCACCAUGGGAGUCGAUUUUCAUCCACCCAAGUAGCAGUACGCUGAUCGAGCUGGAAAAUCAGGAUGGAAGACCCGAAUGACGAGUGGGAAAUUCAGGAAUAUGAAUCCAAAAGUUAUAACAGAGGAGGCAGGGUGAGUUGGAUCUUGAACAAGGGUUUGGGACUUGGUAAGAAAAUAUUGGUGACUGGAGUUUUGUUCUCCUCUGCACCAUUGGUUCUUCCACCGCUGGUGAUUGUUUCCGCAAUUGGGUUUGCUGUUUCAGUUCCUUCUGGGGUUUUCUUGGCUAGCUAUGCCUGCGCUCAGAAGCUAAUGAGCAAGUUGCUCCCGAGGCCUGCACCUCGUCUGUUGGAAUACGGAACUGCGAGUAACGACAAUGAAGAAGAAAUCUAUUUGGAAGAAGGAGGAGAUGCAUGCUUAGAGGAAAGCAUAGACAUGCAGAAGGAAGAAGAAGAGGAGAAGGAUGAUAGAAGAGGAGGAAUUGAGACAAGAGUUGAAUUGUCAGAGAAGGAAAAUAAUGAAAUUGAAGAAUGGGAUGCAAGGAAGGAGGGGGAGGAGGACUAUCAUGAGGAAGAGAGUGUUGAAAUGAAUGAGGAGGAAAAUAUUGAACGUUUUGAAGAUCUUGUUAAAACAGUAGAGAAGAACAACGAUGAAAAUGAAGAUGGGAAAGCAAUGGACAGGGGCGAUAUUGGGGAAAAAGAUGUGAAAAGGAAUGAAAUAGAAGAAACUGGGGAUGUCGAUCAUGUUAAAUUAGUAGAUAAAGAAAAAAAUGAAGAAGGGAAAGGCAAAGAGGAGAAGGGUUAUGCACAAGAGGGUGUUAGAAGGAAUAAUGCCCAAGAUCGAGAAGAAAAGGUUGAUGUACAUGUUAUUAAUGUUGAGGAAAAUGGGUAUCAGGAAGAUGAUGGUGAAUAUCUAGAUUUGGUGGAUGACCAUUUGGAGGUAACUAAUGGGGUCCAAAUUGAAGGUGACAGAGAGGAGUACAAGGAAGAAACCUUGCCACAUGAAAGAGAGAAUGAAGAGCCAAUCAAGGUGCAUGGAGUUGUUCUGGAUUUGGAUGAGGGUGAUGAAGAAAAGGAAGGUGCAACAAUUGAAGUAACUACUGUAGUAAUGGAAGAAAAUGUGGAUCAAGCAAGAGCAAAUGAUAUUGAAGAAGAGGAAAUAGAGAAAGAGACGACAGGGCUACUUGAAAGAAUCAGGGAUGAGGGAAAUGCUGAUGAUCCUGCAGAGAAGGAAAAACUUGAUGUUCAAAAACCACAAGGAGUUGAAGACAAUGGAGAUCGAAGGAUUACUGCAAAAGUUGAAGAUAUAGAGAUACCAGUUGAAGAUAAAAUUGUUCAUAGUGAAGUAAAUACUAUAGUAAUUGAAGAAAAGGGGGAUCAAGCAAGACCAAAUGAUAGUGAAGAGGAGGAAAUAGAAAAAGAGAUGACAGGGUUGCUCGAAAGAAUCAGGGAUGAGGGAAAAGUUGAUGAUCCUGUAGAGAAGGAAAAACAUGAUGUUGAAAAAACACAAGGAGUUGAAGGGAAUGGAAAUCAAAUGAUUACUACAAAAACUGAAGCAAUGGAGAUACCAGCCGAAGAUGAAAUUGUUGAUAGUGAUGUUGGAUUGGGAAAAUGUACUGGGAUUAUAGAAGAAGAAAGAGCACAAAGAAAUAUCAAGGAAGUAGCGAAAGAAGGUCAAGAGAUGCAAGAUAUGGAAUACAAGAACGAUUUAAAUGAUGUAACAGGGGAUGUUGGCAUGGGAGAGGAGCAAAUACCUGUUGUUAACAGCUCAUCAACAUUACAAGAAGGAAAACCCGAGGAUAAUGUUGAUGAUGCAAAUUCAUCGAAGAAGAAAAUUGUUGCUCUAACGAAUGCAGAUGCAGGGGAGAUUGGGAAUAAAAGUGGGUUUGAUGACCAAAACGUAGCUAAAGGAAAAUACUCAUAUGCAGUUAAUGAGACUUCUAAGGAUUCUAUGGAUCAUGCUGCUUCACUUAGGAAAGAUGAUUCUAAAGAUGCUGGAAUUUCCUCUGCAAAAGAAGUCCCCAUGCCUUCGAAUGAGCCGCAGGAAGUGUACAAUGAGGAAAAGAUAUGGGAACAGAUUGAGGCGAUGAGAAGUAUAAUAGGAUACAAAGUGACACCCCAGAAAACAUGCAUGGAGGAACUUAAGGCUCUCUAUGUCUUCACUGGUGUGGAACCCCCAGCAUCAUUCAAAGACCCUUAUGAUCUCAUUGAAGUUAACAGCAAACUUCGGUUUCUCAUGUCCAUAAUUGGACUUAAAUAGACUACAAUCUGUAAUUGUUUAGAUGGCUUGUAUUUUUAGACUUCCCAAGUGUCUGUUUCUGGGUGCAUUCUGUACACGUGUUAAAAACAACGUUUCUUUAGUUUCAUUUUGGGAAUUGCUUGCUUUGCAUGGUAAAUUUAGCUACAAUACAUUUUGUGGUGUUAAUUGAAAUGAAUGAGAAUGCAUGUUAUAAUCUGUUUCAUUUUCUGAAA